AUGAAUUGUUGUUCUGUGGCAGACGCAGACGAUGCUGUGCGUCGUCGUGCUGAUGGUGCUCCGGUAACAGCAGUCAGAACAACAGCGGCAGCACAGGUUGACCUGUGCUCACGGGUCGACCUGAGCUUGGCGCACAUCAUCCACACCCUGCACGAUUCCGGCGCUGUGAUCAUCGACGACGCCUGGCACAAGCACUCGCCUCCAGCGAGUCGAGCACAGGCCAAAGACCAGCACACCACCUGGCCUGGAAGCCCUCGUUUUGGUGCUGCUGCUGCUGCUGCUGCUGGUGGUGGUGGUGGUGGCACAGCCGCAGAUGGCGGCACGACAAACAACCCCACACCGCAGCCGCACGUCGACAUUGCUCCCAUUCAAGAAAUGAUGCGGACGCUUGGCUGUGACAGAAGCCUUGAUGGCCGUGAUGGCCCAAGCCUUUCCGCCCUCAGCAUGCCCCUCCACCGGGUGGCAAACGGCACGCCUGCACAGGAUGAACAGGAGUCCGUGAAGCCUGCACCCACCACGCGCCCGCGUUCCCAACGUGCAUGCAGGCAACGCAGGAACGCAGAGCCACCCUCAGCCAUGCUCACAGGGGAGUGCCCGAUCCAAGCCGUCGUGAACGGCACGUGCGCCGGAGCGGACGACAGGGGGGUGUUGCACAUUGUUGUGGAGAAAAACCCCGACCAACCCGACGACCCCAUCGCACUGGACGAGAGCACCAACGCCGCCACCCUCCUCGCCAUCUCCGUCCCUGUAAGGCACCUUGUCCUGCGCAACAAUAUCAGCAACAGCGUCUUGACCUGGGUCCUGACCAAUGGCAACUGGGCCAACCUGACCCGGCUUGAGCUGCGGGGUUUGGAGCUUGACACCCUCGACUUCCGCAACUUCAACGCACUGCCCAGCCUGGUGCGCAUCGAUGUCUUCAACUCAGCCUCCGUGUCGCGCAUCAGCACAAAGGGAUUUCGCUUCGCGUCCCAGCUGCAGCGCCUGCACCUUCGCAGCAAUGACCUUGCCACACUGGACCCAGACGCCUUUGACCUCAUGACUGCCCUGUUCAGUCUGGAUCUGGGCGUAAACAGGCUGCAGGAGCUGCCACCCAACAUCUUUCGGCGGCUCACCGCCCUCGACCGCCUCUUCCUCGACUCCAACCUCAUCUCGCACGUGCCAGCCGGCACAUUCCACCCGCUGACGCAGCUCACCUUCCUGACGCUGCGAGGCAACGACCUGACCCACGUCGACAGCGACAUGUUCACCCGCCUCCACCGCGUGCACCACUUUGUUCUCAGCGACAACCCGAUCCGCACCAUCCAACCCGGCGCCUUCAACAACCUCACCAGCAUGCGCAACUUCGAGUUGAGGGACACGCUGGUGGCACGCCUACCGCCACACCCCUUCACCUUCAUGCAGCGCCUCACGGCACUGGAGCUCUCCUCCAACACAUUGACAGCGCUGCCCGCAGACGUGUUCCACGGCCUGAGCCGGAUGACCCGCAUCCUGCUCAGCCACAACCGCAUCACGUCUCUCCACCCGCACACCUUCCGCAACCUCACCUUCCUCAAGUCUGUUUCCUUGGACAAGAACAAGCUGACCAGCCUUCACCGCGACUUGUUUGUCGACGCCAGGCAUCUCAAUGUGCUCAGUUGCCAGUCAAACCUCCUCACAUCUCUGCCACGCGACAUCUUCCGCGGCAACACGGCGCUGCGCUUCCUCCUCCUGGGCGCCAACUUCUUCACAUCCCUGGACGGCGUGUUCGACGCUGUCACGGACCUGCGUGCGCUGGCGCUUGAGCGCAACUUGCUCACGUCCAUCCACUUCGACGUGCCCCUGCCCCAGCUCGUUGGCAUCACGCUCAAUGACAACCGCAUCACCCGCCUGCCCAACCUCGACGUGAUUCCCCGCAUCAACACCCUCAGCCUCCGCAACCAUCGCAUCCGAAACAUCCCCAUGGCUGAAGUACUGGCCCACGUCAGCCUGCGCGUGCUUGAGCUCGUCGCCGCACCGGACGUUGGCUCCGUGGCCCACCUUGACCUGGACGCCUUCCAGCCCGACCUGUCCACCAUCCGUGUGGAGACGCUGCGGCUGGGCAACGUAGACAUCACGCCCAUGCUUCCCAUUGUGGACGCCCUGACACGCAGCAGUACUCCUUUGCAGCUGGAGGUCCUUCAAAUGGGCUGGCCCGGGCUCGACGAGAGUGUGCUGCCGUUGUCCACAAUCUGCACAUUGCUUGCAAGCAACGUGGAGGAGCUGGGCCUCAUCAACACGGGCUACCGCUCCCUGGACCUGUGCAGAGGCCGGAAGUUCAAGUCCGUCUUCCUGCAGAACAAUCGCCGCCUGCAAUCGCUUUCCAUCCACAGCAGCCUGUCCCACCUCAACGUGUCCGGGUGCCAUCAGCUGACACAGAUGACAGCGCCGACAAUCGACAUUCUUGACAUCACCGGCACGCGGUUGCGCCCCUCCUCUGCUCUGUGCAGGCGUUGGGGUCGGACGAUGCUCUUUGCCAAACGCAUCUCGGAGGACCUGUUCAACACGGUGCAUGGGCUGUCCACACUUGCAAGGUGUCUAGCAACGCUCAGCGUGCUCGAUGUGUCGGACAAUGCGUGGAUCGACAACGCACGCGAGACGGAGAGCAGCAUCGGCGUUGUGACGGCGCUGUCAGACGACGCGCACCUCGACGUCAACGGCUUUGUGGUCCCGUUUCGACCCAACCCGCCCCUGUUUCAGCUCACAAACGCGGCCAUCCAAUGCAACUUGGAGCUGAGCAGCGAAAGCUUGCACCAGGGCGGGGCCACAUCCCCUGUGAUCGUGUAUGCGUUCCGUUGCACGUGCGCACGCGGUUUCAAGAUGACGUCAGGUGGGCGGUGUGUGUUCGACGAGCCAGAUAUUGCCGGCAUUGCCGCUGCCUCCGUGAUUGGCGGCCUUGGCAUUGGCCUGCUCAUGGCGUGGCUGUCACGCCGCUACCGUGGCCUGACCAAGCGCAUCGGCCUGCAGGAGCAGCUGCUAGUGGAACGAGACGAGGAGGUGAUGGCGCUGAAGAAGGCGUGGGAGAUUGAGUACGAUGAGCUGAGGAUGAUCAAGCGUGUUGCUGCGGGCGCGUUUGGCGUUGUGUUCAAGGCAGAGUGGGACACAGUCACAGUAGCAGUGAAGGUGCUGCAGCAAGGGGUGAUGAUGUUUGACGAGAGCACGGUGUUGGAGUUUGAGAAGGAGGUGGAGUUCCUGCAGCGGACACGUCAUCCGCACGUGGUGCGGUUCUUUGGCGCGGGGACAGACCCCAACGGCAGCCCGUUCCUGGUGCUGGAGUUUGUGGCGAUGGGAUCACUGAAGGACCUGUUGGGCAAGGACAUGGAGCAGGUGCUGAUGGAGGUGGAGGCGCGGAGUACUGAGGGCGAUGGUGAGGACGAUGUGCUUGUGGUGGGAGACACAAGCAAGGAGGGUGGUGGUGACCGGGUGUGGGCACUGAAGCUGCGGCUGCUGCGUGACGUUGCGAGCGGCAUGGCAUUUAUCCACAGCCUCGACCAAGUGCACAGGGAUCUGAAGAGCGGGAAUGUGCUGGUGUCGGCGCGGCUGAGAGCCAAGAUCACGGACUUUGGAUCCAUUCGCCAGUGCCUCGCUGGCGGCUCUUCCGCUUCCUCCUCAUCCACGACAGCAACAACAGCAACCACGGCCAUGACAGCAGAAGCAGCAGCACAUGCUGAUGACCUGACGUACUCGCAGGCGGCGGGCACGGCGACGAUGAACCCGAGCAUGACGAUGACGGCUGGUGUGGGGACGCCGCUGUACAUGGCGCCGGAGGUGCUGUUGGGCGACAAGUACAACGCCAAGGCAGACGUGUUCAGCUUUGGGGUGCUGAUGUGGGAGGUGGCAACGCAGCGUGUGCCUGACUUGAUUGAGCAGGAGAAAGGAAGCGACUUCCGUGGUCCCAUGCUUGCCACACUCAGCAAGCUCUUGCAGGACGGGAAACGUCUCGAGUUUGCUUCUCGCGGCGGCACUGGCGACGCUGCUUCGACUCGUCCGCCCUUGGUGUUCCAUGAGCUCGCUCGCCAGUGCAUGGACAGGCUACCGCGUGUUCGCCCCUCCUUUGAAGAGCUCUGCGCUCGUCUCUGA